CCGGCCCUGGGGGGGCUCAUGAACUCACUGACCCACACAUGUGGCUUGCUGAGGUUGUCAUUCUGUGGACCCAACGUCAUCAAUCCUUACUUUUGUGACACUAACCCAUUGCUGAAGCUCGCUUGCUCUGAUAACCACAUCAGUGAGAUUUUGCUUGUAGCGUUCUCUGGGGUUAUUGCCAUGUCCACCCUCCUGAUUGUCAUAAUCUCUUAUCUGUACAUCCUCUUCUCUAUCCUGAGGAUCUGCUCCGCCAAGGGCAGGCGCAAAGCCUUCUCCACCUGUGCCUCUCAUCUGACAGCUGUCACCAUGUUCUAUGGACCUGUGAGCUUAAGCCACAUACAACCCAGUUCCAGCUACUCACUGGAACAGGAGAAAAUCUCUGCUGUGUUUUAUACCCUGGUGGUUCCCGUGUUGAACCCCCUGAUCUACAGCCUGAGGAACAAGGAGGUUAAGGAUGCUCUUAAGAGGGUGAUAGACUAG